AUGCAUCCGGAUCAAGAGGAACCGGGACACGAUCUGCACGGAUUCGUGAAGAGGUUCCAAGCUGCCGACCUUACUGAUAAUUCGGACUUCUCGCUGCUAGCGCACGCCAGCACGCAUUUGCAUGGCAAGCUGCGGCAACAAACGGGUUUUGUAAAGCAGCUGCAGCUGCUGUAUGCAGAACUCGACAAGACACAUAGCUACCAGGAACUGGUCGAGGCCCUGGCAGCAAAUCGUAGCCUUCUGCGCGAGGUUUUCACCCUGGAAGCGGGCGGCCGCGCGCGUAGCGCCGCCGCAGCCCACGCUCCCACGGUUGACUGGACACGCUACGGGAUCGACGCGGGCGACUACGCUACCCGAUACGCGCCUGCACCAUUGGCCAAUGAGUGCAGUAGCAUUGGGCUCGAUAUGGGCGAGUGA